AUGCUCCGCUCCACCCUCCUCUUCGCCCUCCUCGCGGCCUCUGCCAACGCCGCCGCUCUGUCCCACCAAACACCUAGCCUGCUCGCGCGCCAGGCCGGUUCCUGCGCCAACGAGUGCCAGAAGAGCUCCCAGGCGCAAUGGAACGCCGACGGGACGUGUCCUCCCGCGACCAAGGACGCCCUUCAGGCAUGCUACGACUGCGUCAAGGCCGCGCCCGGCGCCGACCCCAAGACCAUCGAAGGCGCAAAGGUCAACCUCGACAUGUGCGCCGACGGCGGCAAAGGCCUCGCGAGCUCCAUGCUGGGCGACUUUGCUUCGGUCACGAGCUCGAUUCUUGCCGACGCUUCGUCUAUUCAAUCCGAAACCUCGGCCGCGAUCAGCAGCCUGAACGCGUCUGGGGACGUCAAGCCUACGACCACGGUGGUGGGCGCGGCGGAAUCGAGCGCCGCUGGCAAUGCUGCGGGUGCGCCGGGCGCGCACUCGUCUGGCGCGUCGGGCUCUGCGGCUUCAGGUUCGCACGCUUCUGGUGCGGCCGCCUCGCCGAUCGCGGGUGGCAAGCCCUCGUCUGCUGGCGCGCUCUCGGUCAGCCUCGGUGCCGUCGUCGGUGCCGUGUCUGUCGGCUACGCCUUCUUCUGA